CACAGAGCUGAGACGCUGAAGACUGAAGGAGGAAAAACAGCCGCGCAGAAAAAUGUUGUUCAAAGCAACAGAAUCCAUCUGAACCGAACCAGAGCGAACCGACCCGAACUGAGGAGGUCUGAUCUGAUCCAGCUUCAGUCUGGACUCACCUGGAUCCACCUGAGAUCCUCUGAGGACUUUUACUUGAAUCAGGAAGUGAAGCAGCUGCAAACAUGGUGAAGUAAGGAGCGUUACCAUUGGCAGGCUCAGAAUGUGAAGGUGAGCGGAGUGGACGACAUGGUUCUCCUGUCAAAGAUCAACGAAGACGCCAUCACAGAGAACCUGAAGAAGAGAUACAUGGACGACUACAUCUUCACCUACAUUGGUCCAGUGCUGAUCUCAGUGAAUCCAUUCAAACAGCUGCCGUAUUUUACUGAGAGAGAAGUGGAGCUGUACCAGGGAGCAGCUCAGUAUGAGAACCCCCCCCACAUCUACGCUCUGGCUGACAACAUGUACAGGAACAUGAUGAUUGACAGCGAGAAUCAGUGUGUCAUCAUCAGCGGUGAGAGCGGAGCUGGAAAAACUGUCGCUGCCAAAUACAUCAUGAGCUACGUGUCCAAGGUGUCAGGGGGAGGAGACAAAGUACAGCAUGUUAAAGACAUCAUCCUGCAGUCCAACCCUCUGCUGGAGGCCUUCGGAAACGCUAAAACUGUUCGCAACAACAACUCCAGCAGAUUUGGGAAGUACUUUGAGAUCCAGUUCAGCCGAGGAGGAGCUCCUGAUGGAGGAAAAAUCUCCAACUUCUUGCUGGAGAAAAGUCGAGUUGUGUCUCAGAAUCAAGGAGAGAGAAACUUCCACAUCUACUACCAGCUGUUGGAGGGGGCCAGUGGGGAACAGAGGGAGAACCUUGGGGUCACAACCCCCGACUACUACUACUACCUCAACCAAUCAGGAACCUACACGGUGGAGGACGUCAAUGACAAGAAGGAGUUCUCCGAUACUCUGGGAGCGAUGUCGGUUGUGGGUCUGUCUGUGGAGGAUCAGGAUUCGGUUCUUCAACUUGUUGCAGGAAUUCUUCAUCUGGGGAACAUCAGCUUCAGAGAGGAAAACAACUACGCUGUGGUCGAAAGCCAGGACUUCCUGGCGUUCCCGUCCUUCCUGCUGGGAAUCCCUCAGGACGGUCUCUGCAGUAAGCUGACCAGCAGGGUGAUGGACAGUAAGUGGGGCGGGAAGACAGAGUCCAUCUCCGUCACGCUGAACACCGAGCAGGCCUGUUUCUCCAGGGACGCCCUGUCCAAAGCGCUGUACACCCGACUCUUCGACUUCCUCGUCGAUUGCAUCAAUAAAGCCAUGCAGAAGGACCAGGAGGACCUCAACAUCGGAGUCCUUGACAUUUACGGCUUUGAGAUCUUCCAGAAAAACGGCUUUGAGCAGUUUUGCAUCAACUUCGUCAAUGAGAAGCUGCAGCAGAUUUUCAUUGAGCUCACCCUGAAGGCUGAACAGGAAGAAUAUGUUCAGGAGGGAAUCAGCUGGAAGCCCAUCGAAUACUUUAACAACAAGGUGGUCUGUGACCUCAUCGAGUCCAAACUGAGUCCUCCUGGGAUCAUGAGCAUCCUGGACGACGUUUGCGCCACGAUGCACGCUAAAGGUGAGGGGGCAGAUCAGACGCUGCUGCAGAAACUGCAGGGACAGAUCGGAUCGCAUGAACACUUCAGCAGCUGGAACAGAGGAUUCAUCGUCCACCACUACGCCGGCAAGGUGUCAUAUGAUGUCAGCGGAUUCUGUGAGCGGAACAGAGACGUGCUGUUCAAUGACAUCAUCGAGCUGAUGCAGAGCAGCGAGUUUCCAUUCAUCAGAGCGCUGUUCCCCGAGAAUCUAGAGGCGGAGAAAAGAGGCCGACCAAGCACUGCCAGCAGUAAGAUUAAGAAACAAGCCAACACUCUGGUGCAGACCCUGAUGAAAUGCACCCCCCACUACAUCCGCUGCAUCAAACCUAAUGAGACCAAACGGCCCCGAGACUGGGAGGAGAACCGAGUCCGACAUCAGGUGGAGUACCUGGGUCUCCGAGAAAACAUCAGAGUCCGCCGAGCUGGAUAUGCCUACAGACGGGUCUUCAACAAGUUCCUGCAGAGGUAUGCCAUCCUGACCAAAGAGACCUGGCCUAGCUGGAGGGGGGAGGAGCGUCAGGGAGUCCUGCACCUCCUCAACUCUGUCCACAUGGACCAAGACCAGUUCCAGCUGGGAAAGACCAAAGUCUUCGUCAAAGCUCCAGAGUCGCUUUUUCUGUUGGAGGAGAUGCGGGAGCGGAAGUAUAAUGGCUAUGCUCGGGUCAUCCAGAAGGCAUGGCGUAAACAUAUUGCCGUCCGCAAGUAUGUCAAGAUGAGGGAAGAAGCCUCAGACGUCCUGCUGAACAAGAAGGAACGCCGCAGGAACAGCAUCAACAGGAACUUCGUUGGCGACUAUAUCGGCACUGACAACCAUCCCGAGAUCAGGCAGUUCGUUGGCCGCAGGGAGAGGAUCGACUUUGCCGAUGUUGUAGUGAAAUAUGACCGAAGGUUCAGGACUGUGAAGCGGGACCUCAUUCUGACUCCAAAGUUCCUGUACCUAAUUGGUCGUGAGAAGGUGAAACAGGGUCCAGACAAAGGUCAGAUCCGGGAGGUUCUCAAGAGGCAUAUUGAGCUCCACAAGAUCCAGUCUGUUUCUCUGAGCACUCUGCAGGAUGACUUCUUCAUAGUUCACGAGGAGGAGUACGACAGCGUUCUUCAGAGCAUCUUUAAGACAGAGUUCCUCAGUCUGCUAGUAAAACGUUAUCAGGAGAAAACGGAGAAGAAGCUGCCACUGAAAUUCAACAACCUUCUGGAGUUUAAGGUGAAAAAAGGUGGCUGGGGUCCUUUCAGCUCCUCAGGGUCCAGGCAGAUCCAGUUUCAGGGGGGUCAGGGGGACGAGGUGGUCCUGAAGCCCAGUGGGAAGGUCCUGCAGGUCUCCAUUGGACCAGGUCUACCUAAGAACUCCAGACCGACAAGGAAGGACAACCGCAAGAGCCGCUACAUGGGCCACCAGGCUCCACCCACGGGCCAGUACAACUCAGCUCCUCACUCCAGAGGGGGCAGGGCUCCAAGGGGAGGCGCCUCCUCCUCCAGAGGCUCCUUACUGAGGCAGCAAUCCAGCAUGGAGCAGCCCACGCUGCCCCGCUUCCAGAGCCAGCACCGCCGAGACAACCCACGCACCCAACACCAUGACAUGGGCUUCAUGGACGUCCCUGACCAGGGCGCUGCAGGGCUGCAGCGGCGGCGGUCGAAGGAGGUGAAGCCUGUUCCUGGGGCGGGCCGACCCAAACCAAAGCCAAGAACUCCACAUUGUCGAGCACUGUAUGCCUACGAUGCCCAGGACACCGAUGAGCUAAGCUUCAACGCUGAUGACGUCAUCGAGAUACUCACUGAAGAUCCGUCUGGUUGGUGGUUUGGUCGGCUGCGUGGCAGAGAGGGCAUGUUCCCCGGAAACUACGUGGAGAAGAUCUAGACUUUCUGUCUGGGGUCAGAGGUCACCAACCUGCUGCCACCACUGGGUCAACAGAAACCUGAACGUUAACAAACACGAGUAGCAGCCAUCAGUCAACCAGGGCCGCAGAGGUCGAAGGUCAGGUUCAGGUGUUUCUACCUGCUGACUUCUGGACUCAAAGUGUCCCCAUAACACUGCUCACUGUCCUGCUAAAUGGUCCUCACAUGGCUUCAAAUCUCAUGUUGCAUCCAGUUGGCCUAAAUGUGUCUGUGUGACUACAGUCUCUGAUCAUCUCAGGUGUCUUUAAAAACAUCGUCUUGAUAAAUUCUCAUGUCAGUGUUACCACCUGAUAUCGUGUUUUGUCCUGUCAGUGCUCCCUGUAGGCCCCAGUGUUCAUUACAGAUACAGAAUAGACAAAAAGAUCAAACAUGCCUGGGGUUUCAAGUGUCAAACACAGACAAGAUGAUCAGAAAGUGAAAGUCACCCUGGAGCUUAAACAUGUAAAACAAACUUCUUUUAUUCUUCUGAACAUGUAAAACAUCACUGCUGAAAACACAUCAAACAUUUUAUCUCUGAUUAAAAGAUGAAAUACGGAUUUAAUAGAAACAUAAUCUUUAUAAAUGAUUAAACAUUUUUACACUGAAA